AGCUCGACUGUAGUUUCUUCCCACGACUGAGCCCACCAUCGAUGGAGAAGGCGAAGCAAUUCCUCAGCGUCAGCGACGAGGCGUCGGAGGUGGUGGCGCGCCUCGCCGUCCCUCCUCGCCGCGCCGGCGACUACCCCAGCUUCUACGAAAACUUCUCUCUGAGGGGCCUCCGAGUGGACCGAGUCGAACCGGGACUUGUCGUCUGCUCCUUCAGGGUCCCCCCUCGCCUCGCCGAUAGGAAUGGGAACUUGGCUCAAGGUGCGAUCGCGAACAUGGUCGAUGAAAUUGGAUACGCAGUGAUCCACGUCGAGGGGAUUCCUAUCAGUGUAUCGGUUAACAUGUCGAUCUCGUACCUCUCCACGGCCAAGGUCAAUGAUGAGCUAGAGAUUACGUCAAAGGUUCUGGGACAAAAAGGCGGCUAUUUUGCAACCAUUAUACUCAUGAGGAACAAAGCAACCGGGGAGAUAAUUGCUGAAGGUCGUCACUCACUGUUCAACGCACAUGCUAGCAAAAUGUGAGUUACAUUUUAAAGUUGGACCUGAGAAAUGUGGUGUAACAUGCUGAUGGCUACAGAACACUCCGG